AAUUGUCAGGCAAGACGGGGGACCACAUCAUGUACGAAUCAUAGGGGGCCUGAUUGUGUCCCGAGACAGCAAAUGGGUGGCUGAAAACUUGCCGGCCCGGGCCGGUACCGUUGGAAUACAUUCACCCGCCAAGUAGCCCAUGCCCAUGAAAAAGCAGACCCCGGCCACCACUUGUUUGCGAGUAUCAAAAAAAAAAAAGUUGUUUGCGAGUAUUGCGCCAACAACUUUUCUGGUGGGUAUUGGAGUCCCCUCCACCACUCACACUCACCGGUAGGGCGAUGAUGGCCAUGGCCGGCCGGCUCCAGCUGCUCUUCAGCCCCACUGCGCCAGCCGCUUCUGCUUCCCGUUCAUGCCAUCGCCAGUCCACUCCGAUUCCGGUUUGGAGCAGGCGGCAUCCAGAUCUGCCAAGAUCAAUAGUAGCAGCAGCCAGGCCCAGCAGCAUGUCCGCGUCGGCAGAGGAGCCAUCCGCCGCCGCCACCAUCAGCAGGGGCGGCAAGACGAGGAGGAAGGUGACACUGAAGCUGACGUACCUGGAGAUCAACAGCUGGGUGUGCGAGGUGCAGCCGCAAGAAGGCCAGGGCCAAGCCCCUCUGCGCAUCCUGGUGGACCCCCUCGUCGUCGGCAACCUCGACUUCGGCGCGCCCUGGCUGUUCGACGGUGCCAAGAAGAACCCCAGGGUGAAGGCCCUCGGGGUGGACGAGCUCUUGGCGCCGGAGACGGGGCCGCCGGACCUGCUGCUCAUCACGCAGAGCCUGGACGACCACUGCCACGUCCGGACCCUCACGCAGCUGUCCGCCAGGGCGCCGGACCUGCCGGUGGUGACCACGCCCAACGCGCGGGCAGUCCUCGCCUCCCUGCCCACGCCGUUCCGCCGCGUCACCUACCUCGAGCCAGGCCAGUCCACCGCCGUCGGCGACCAGGUCCAGGUGCUGGCCACCGCCGGCCCCGUGCUGGGGCCGCCGUGGCAGCGCCCCGAGAACGGCUACAUCCUACUCAUGACGACCGCAGACGACGACGACGGCCAUGGCCUCCUCUACCUGGAGCCGCACUGCGUGUACGACAGGUCGUUCCUGGAGACGAAGCGGCUGCGGGCGGACGUGGUGGUCACGCCGGUGGUGAAGCAGCUCCUUCCCGGCAACUUCACCCUCGUCUCCGGGCAGGAGGACGCCGUCGACCUGGCCAGGCUGCUGCGAGCCAGGUACGUGGUGCCCAUGAGCAACGGCGACGUGGACGCCGGCGGGCUCUUAGCCGCCGUGCUCUCGAAACAGGGGACGACGCAGUCCUUCGAGGCCCUGCUGUCGGAGGCGCUUCCCCAGGUGCAGGUUCUCGACCCCGUGCCCGGCGUGCCGCUGCAACUGCAACUGGAACUGGACAUCAGCGGGCCGGGGCAGAUAUAAGAUGGCCAAUCAACAUGAUACUAUUUCUAUUUGUAUAUGUACUAGUAUACAUAAAUGGUAGCAUCUCCAUUAAUUCUCAGGCUCUACUACAUACAUACAUACGUACAUACAUACUGUUGUAAAGAAAUAGUAUCUGACCAAAGACUUUGAAUGGUGGCCAAAUUAAUGAGAGGAGGAAGAAAUUCAAGUGUUCAUACACUAUGCAUUUGUACUCAUAUGAGACUCUCCAUCUAUAAAUAUGAGGUCCCUUUCAUCAGUUGUAACACUGGAAAAGAAAAAGAUGAAAUCAACCCAAAAAGAAUUCCCUUCUCUA